AUGGUAGAGGGAGAGAACGUAGAAAUAGAAACUGAAGCAGAAUCAGAAGCAUCAUCGGCAUGGAACCUCGGGAAACACACUCAGAUAAUCGAGCUGUCGGAGAAGCUGUUGAACGGCAACCUCGCCGCCAAAAUUGAGGCUGCGAGGGAGAUAAGGAAGAUGGUUCGGAAAUCAUCGUCCUCGACGAAGAUACGUGCGAAGCUCGCUGCGGUGGGUGUGAUUGAACCGCUCGUGCUGAUGCUGUCUUCUUCCAACAUCGACGCUCGCCAGUCCUCUCUUCUCGCUCUCCUCAACCUCGCUGUUCGCAAUGAACGAGGAAUCACAGAUGAGUUGCUUGCGGCACAUGAAUUGUGUGAUUCUGGCACAACGCACAAGCUGGUGGUGCCCAAACCUGGUCGGGUUUGA